AUGGCAACAUCAGGACAUGGUUCUCAAUUAAAAAAAACUGGCACUGGAGGUUAUACAUUAUCAACAACUGGAACAGGAGGAAAUUUUGAUAUAUCAGUUGCCGGUACUGGUCCAUUAGAGGGUUUACUACUUUACGUAGUGAAUUCUGCAGAUAAUACUAAAACUGGUAAAUUUAAUAUAGCUGAUUCCGCAUUCCAACCUUGUAGUGGCGACCCCAGUGCCGUAACACACACCGCCAAAACUGUUAAAAAACUUCCUUUGAAAUUCAGUUGGUCCGGAGCUAAAACUGCAGACGAUGAAGGGUUCCUUGGUUGGAUUAAAAAAUAUUCAUUGUUUGUUAUUUUGAUUGCUUUAACUACUAUUUUAUAUGUUAUUGGAAGCGUUGUAGAAUUAAUGUUGAAAAAACAAAAUAUUAAGGCAAGAUCUUUUGCUAAAACCGUUGGAGGUUUUGGCAUUGCUAAAUAA